UUUGAACAAAUCUGUCUCCUAUUUCCAGCUCAACAUCAGUGCAAGUGCAUAUCUCUGAUAUACCAGGCAACACCAUCUCCCUUUUUCCCCACCUGUCCUUUCUUUGAGGUAGCUGGAUUUUUCCAUGUCGUGCACAGCCAUAAGACUACGUCAAUUUAUAGAUUCUACACCCUACCUCCCUCCAGGUACUGUUGUUCGUCAAGGAAAGGACAUUGGGUUCUAUCCUGGGCAACUAGGACGGGUACAUAAAGUAUGCAUGCCUGAAACAUCUCCAGGACCUUUCAUAAAACUGCACCCAGCUCCAGUGCCGCAUGAAGUGGAAACUCAGUACCAACAUGACUUUGAUAAUUUAACUCUUAAGAGGUAUGUCCUUUUUCAAAGGACAAAGGCAACUAAUGACUGGUACAAGCAAACCAUGUACAAAGAAGAAUUUGCACUGCCAUUUUACAAUAUUGACUGUGAUGAGGAUAAAUACAUACCAAGAACUGAUCCUGGACCACUGACAAUCUGGAGAACCACUGCUGAUCCAAAAAAGUAUAACCUGCCCUUGCUUGUGAGAGAGAAGUAUUUCCGCUGGCCUUUAGGAAAAUAAAAGCAACCUAUUGAAGUUGAUCCUAUUUACAUGAGACUUUCAGAAAUCUGCUUCUGUUAAGCUAUACUGUGUCAUUUUACAGUGUAGUUUGAGUAGAUGAUGAUGCUUGGAAACUUUAAUCAACUUUUAUCUGUGACUAUGACUAUAUGGAUUACUUUGUACAAUGGAGUCAACAGUGGGGAAUGGACAUACUUAAUUCCCAGUGCAUGUUCUUAUUAGCUGUGCAUCUUGGGAAUAUAGUAAUCCUUAUUUAGUUACAUUAAAGGGAGAAUAGUCUAUCCAGGGCAAGGACAAUUGCAGAGACCACCCCUGCAGUGGGGAGCUCCCCUAGCACCAAAGGCCUCUAGCAGCCCUUUUCUGCCCCAUAUGGCUGUGAGAAAAGCAACAGCCCUGGCUGUCGGCUGGCAGUUUAAGAAACCUCAAAGGUUGUGAAAUAAAGAUCAGGGUUUUUUUUAAACUGUUCUUCCACCAA